GGAUACGUUCCUUUUUGUUAAUCUCCUAACUCUGUCAAUACAACUAUGAUGUAAUAUAUAUGAAAUAUUUAUAAUAUCAUAAUAAAUUAUGCUGUACAUUGUCACUAUUUCCCACAGAUAAUGUAAUGAUAUUCUGGACGCCCCUAAAUAUCAAAUGGUUCGCUCCGUUGCUAUGCUAUCUUGUAAUGACAUUCUCCAGGGUGAUGAAGAAGAUGUAGUUAUUUGGCCCGAAAAUACAUAACGUAGUUCGGUUUUAAACGUAAAUUGUGUGAAACGUGACAGCAAAUACCAUGGCCGGUAUAAGGAGAGUGAACGGGAAGUUAUCGGGAAUUAACCCAGCUGUCAGUUGCUGCCGCCUGUGUCAGGUUCAGUCUCUGCUCUGUGAGGCUGGCACCACCACACCUGAUGGCAUCCUGUGCUCUCUUGGAAUUGACAGCAGAUAUAAUGAUGGGUGCACUGAGCUGGCAAAAUUCCUGUUCUAUGGACUAUAUGGAAGAAAUCAGCUGAAUCUGGACCUUGCCCUUGAAGAAUUUCCUGAGGAAAUGCUGGAUGAUGUAAUCCUGCUGAUCAAGGCGGAGUGUGUUCAUCUGUACUGCAACCCUAUGAACUACAGUUACCUGUUGCCCUACGUGUCCCACUGGAGGAACCUGCAACUCUACUGCAUGACAGAGGCGGAGUAUGAAGAUGAGGAAGCAGCAGAGGAAUUCAAAAUUUCCAGUUUUGUGACGAUGGUGCAGGACUGUUAUCGUAUCGGAGUCCCUUACAGCUCCCAGGGACACAUCCAGAGGUUUGAUAUGUUUAUGAUGGAAAAGUGGCCCCUGAUUCAAGCGUUUGCCCUGGAAGGCAUCGGUGGAGGAAGCUUUUUUACCAUGAAAUACAAGCUGAUGGACAUGAGUGAGAACCUGUGGCAGGUUUACAACAGACUCGACCCAGUGUCCCUGGAUAGUCUCCUCACAGAGGACUUGGUUAGCUUUGAGAAGCAGUGGAGUGGCUUUUUCUCCAGCAUGGACCUGGAGAACCAUCUGUCCAUCCUGGAGCUAUCUGAAGCUCAGGCAGGAGAGGCUUUCCGUACUUAUUACUCUCAUGGACUGAUCUCAAGCAACAUCACUGAUAAAAGUAAAAGCCAGCAGCCCUUUGUGUUGUUUGGGAAGCAUUCAUCUUUAGACGAUUUGGAGAGUUAUUCGUUCAACUUUCCCUCAGAGAGUCAUCAAGUCCGCAACACAGGACCUCCGGGUUCUACAGCCAGACACAUGAUUCUGCAGUGUGUGGCUCCCAAAGGACCCCUAGCCUGCUCUCGAACCUAUUUCUUCGGCACCACCCACACUCCGUACCUUGGAAAUCACAACACGGAGCAAAAGAAAACAGAAGUCUUACUUUUGUCACAGAUUUAUUUAGCUGCUGUUCAAGCAGUCCUGUCAGGAAUCAAAUGCUUCUCCUGCAGCUCCAGCGCUGCCAAGGCUAAGGAUGUAGCAGAGAACACCUUCCUAUUGGCUUUGGACUCAAUGAAUUUAAGUCAGUACCGCAGUUCUCUCAGGUCCAAAUGUGACUUCAGCAUUAAAGCAGUGAAUAACCAAGGAAAGAUCAUUCCUCUGACUGAUGAAGACAGCCGCUAUGUACUAAAAACAGCCUCCAUGACUGUCCAUGACAUCACAGACCUGCAGUGGCACAGGGGCGACCUUGGCUCUGUGGUCUUCUCUGAAUCCUUCUUGGAGUCAAGUAUCAACAUUCAACAGAAAGAUGGCACUGUGUCCUCAGACAGCUGCUACACCAUCCUGACUACAACCGUUCCUCGAUAUGCCUGCUGGCUGAUGGAAUCUGACGUAAAGCAAUCUGAACAAGCCCAACAUCUUGCUAAGAAAGAGGAAGGCACUUGUUUGGGAACGGCUCUGACUGUAGCAGAUGCUGCGUAUGUGUUCUCCAGCGGCCAGCUCUCUACACCUGAAGAAGGGAAAAUCAUUUUCUUCUCUGAGGGACUGCUGUUUAUCCAUUCUCAGUAUGGAAGCAUUACCCUCUCCAAGGAUCACAUCAGCACCAUCAAGUUCUAUGAUCCGGACUCCAGUGCUGUGGCGUCUCUCCUGGUGGAGUAUAAGAGCAGCCUGCUCCCCCACCUUCCCUUCCCUCUCCACAGUGCUGACUGUUGUCUGGUGUUUGCUCUUCAGCCCAGGUCUAAGAGCCACAGGGCCUUCUAUUCCAAGGUUUUGUCAGUGUGGAAGAACUCUGAAUCUGGACUCACUCUGCAAAUGGUGGACCAAAAGCACCUGACCUGGAACCAGAGAAACAUGCACAGCAGACUGCAGAAGCUGCACGACAGUCAGGAGCCACCGGUGGCCAAACGCAGAGGCAGCCUGAAGACCUCAUACUCCCAGCUGCCAGAGCAGGACAUGUGA